AAAGACACACUCGACAACGUAAUGGCGAUGCUACAGCGACCCGCGAGCAGGGUGCUCAAGCGACUGGGCUUGCGCUUCAAGACCUCAUAUGCUGCGAAGAAGAACGUAGCCAACGUAGCCCCAAAGAUGAAGCCCACGGCUCCAUGGUUCGGUCUCGUCGUUGGGUCUGCCGUCGGGGCCUACGGAGGUUACGAGGUGUGGAAGACGUGGAACGAUGAGAAGAAUCCUGCGCAUGUCUACGAUCGACUUCCUGGGGGAAAGACUGCUGAGGAGGACAACAUGGGCUCGGACGCAAAGAUGUUCUUGCUGCAUCUGGCGCCGUACCGCGCCAUUUCCCGUGCAUGGGGUGCCGUCAACAGCAUAGAAUUGCCCGUCUGGAUGCGCGAACCCAUCUACAUGGCAUGGACACGUGCAUUCGAUUGCAAGCUGGACGAAAUGAAAUACCCCUUGGAGCAUUACAAAAACCUCGGCGAAUUUUUCUCCCGCCCGCUCAAGGACGGCAUCCGCCCAAUUAACUGGGACCCUCGUUGCGUGUCGAGUCCUGUAGACGGCACCAUGGCGAGCUUCGGCGUUGUAGAUUUUACAGACGACAUUCCCGUCAUGGACCAGAUCAAGGGCGUGCGCUAUCGAAUGGACGACUUCCUGGGCGAGGUGCCCGAUUUCUUUACCAAUCCGUCCGCCGGCAAACGCUUGUUUCACUGUGUGAUUUACUUGGCACCCGGCGACUAUCAUCGGAUACACUCUCCGAUCGACUGGAGCAUGGGCGAGCGCCGCCACUUCCCCGGUGACUUGUUCCCUGUGAACUCACGCGCAGUGCACUUUGUCCCAAGCUUGUUUACGUGGAACGAGCGUGUGGCUCUCUUGGGCCGGUGGAAGCACGGAUUCUUCUCGAUGUCGCUGGUGGGCGCCACGAACGUUGGCUCCAUGACGCUUGAUGUUGAGCCGAACUUUGCCACGAACAAGUGGAAGGAUUUUUACUUGACCAAGGAGUGGGGUAGCUCCGACGUGAAGAAGUACGAGCGCCAGGAGCUGGUCACGCGAGGCGAUCAAGUGGCCCAGUUUAAGGUGCUGCUCCCGUUCCACACAAUGAUGAAGAUGAUGAAUACAUCCCAUCUGUUGUAGCUCGGAUCGACGGUAGUCCUCGUGUUUGAAGCCCCCGAAGACUUUGAGUUCACGGCCAAGUCUGGCGAUAAGGUUCGGUAUGGCGCAUCGAUCGGGCACUUUCAGCAGUCGACGGACGGCGAAGUUGCCUCGUCAACAUUUCCCAGCACGUCCGACAUGAUCCGUCUGGCGAACCAAACCAACGACCAAGCAGGGAAAGCAUCGUACUUGACCGAGAUAUCCCAGUCGAUCGGGCAAAUGUUCUUUGGUCGUGCCAAGUAAACAAUGGCAGUCAAAUGCAACGAUAGAUGAGUAUGUCCAUGCAUCUCCACAAUCCUUCAACUCCUCUUACCCAGAAGAGGUGCAAAGGACGAUUCCGCGUGGGCAAGCUGGUCUGAACAUGGAUGCUCCGUGCAAAUGACUUGGCGCUUUGCGCUGUCAAGUUGUCGCUCUAUCGUGAUGUCGCUUUUUGUCCGUUUU